AUGGUGUGUUCGUUUAGCAAGAUGAUUUUCGAGAAUUCGGGCACCACUUCCACCUUGGCUUCUGCCAACGAUCCCAGAGAGAACCUGGAGUCCGACUGUUUGGCAGAAAUCCGAGAUGGGAACGUGGAGAUGACCGGAGACUCCAGAAACAGCGGCUGUGUUCUUGGAGAAGGACACCGGAACUCAGGAAAUGUCUGCGCAACAGGCGUGAGUGGAGUCAGAUGGACCUGGGUCGGUGCCAAAGGAGUAAUCAGUUGA